GAUUUCAUCAUGAAAGCCAUCCAGGUCACAGAAUACCUCAAAGGUCCAGAAGACCUCAAAGUCACAACCGUCCCCACGCCUACCCCGAAACCCCACGAAUACCUUGUCGCUAUUCACGCCGCUGCUACAAACUUCUUCGAUCUCCUCCAAAUUCGCGGCAAAUACCAAAACCAACCGCCGUUCCCCUGGAUCUCAGGGUCUGAAUUCUCCGGCGUUGUCGUCCAAGCACCCUCAUCACUCCCUGAUGGCCGAAUCCCGAAAUACAAAGUCGGCGAUAAGGUCUUUGGAGGCAGCCAGGGCGCAUACGCAACACAUAUUGUUAGUAAGGAGGAGGGAUUGAAGCCAGUACCCAAGGGCUGGAGCUUCGUCGAUGCCGCUGGAAUCUACGUCACGGGUCCUACCAGCUAUGCCGGGCUCGUCGUGAGAGCGGGUAUCAAAGCAGGUGACUGGGUGCUGGUACACGCAGCCGCUGGCGGUGUGGGUCUGGCAGCGGUGCAGAUCGCGAAGGCUUUCGGUGCCACCGUGGUCGCAACGGCAGGCACUCAACACAAGCUGGAUGUGGCGCGUUCAUUUGGUGCGGACCAUGCCGUCAACUAUCGUGAUGCGGACUGGGCAGCCCAGGUGAAGAAGCUCACGCCCAAAGGCCGCGGUGUGGAUAUUGUGUACGAUCCUGUCGGGAUGGUCGCCGAAUCGAUGAAAUGCACAGCGUGGAACGGUCGGAUACUGGUGGUUGGUUUUGCUGCGGGCACGAUCGAGAAGGUCGCGAUGAACCGUGUGUUGUUGAAGAAUGUGAGCGUCGUUGGACUGCAUUGGGGAGCGUAUACUAUCAACGAGCCGGAGAUGAUGGACGUGGUGUGGGAGGGACUGUACAAGCUAUUUGAUUCGGGCAAAUACAGAGGCAUCGGAUAUACCGAUAAGGAGUAUGUAGGGCUGGACAGUGUCGGGCCUGCUCUGAAGGCGUUGGGUGCGAGGGAUACCUGGGGAAAGGUGGUGGUUACGGUGCCGCAGGAUGCGCAGAGCAAGAUCUGAGUAGUACAUUGAGCGUGCUGUAAAAUUUUAUAUUGCUUUCGAUGGAAAUGAAAUAUAAACUCUUUU